AUGGGAGGCUCUCAUAGCGUAAGUACACCAUAUGAAGGUGGUAUAUUUUCAGCUACACUACGAUUUCCUACAGACUAUCCGCUUUCACCACCAAGUAUGAAAUUUACAUGUGAAAUGUUUCAUCCAAAUGUAUAUCAAGAUGGAUUGGUAUGUAUAUCAAUUCUUCAUCCACCAGGCGAAGAUCCAAAUAUGUAUGAAAGUAGUGCAGAGCGAUGGUCACCUGUUCAAAGUGUAGAAAAAAUUUUAUUAAGUGUUGUUAGUAUGUUAGCUGAACCAAAUGAUGAAAGUGGUGCUAAUAUUGAAGCAUGUGUAUCUCAAGUCGAGACUUCAAAAAAAGAUAUUCCAGAAGGACUGAAAAUACCCACUAGUGCUGAUGAUUUCAUUGUCCAGAAAAAAAACGUUGAGGAUGAUCAAGAUGAAAAUUUUUGGUACGCAUCAGAUGAAGAUGAAGAUAUAGAGGAAGAUAUAGAGGAAGAUAUGGAGGAAGAUAUGGAAGAAGAUAUGGAAGAGUAUGGAUCGUCUGAAGAAGAUAAUUAA